AUGUCGGGCCGCACCUGCCCGAAGUGCGGGAGCAAUGUACCUCCGGACUCCCGCUUCUGCUGGAACUGCGGCUUCAAACUGUCAGAUACCCCUGGUCACGAAGCAGCGCUGCAGACCGGUGCCUCGCCAGAUGCCUUUCCGCCUCUUAAUGGCUUCUCUCCCUACACGUCGCCGGCCCCGCCGCUGCCAAUGACGAAGCCGUUGUCCGAAAGCAGGAUUUUGGCAGGUCAGGCAUCGGCAAGUCUGCCUGCAGAGUUGGAGGCCGUGUCGGACGCAUGCAGAGGUGGCCGAAGCCUUUUGCCACUUGCCGUCGUCGGAGAUGUGACAGGAGAUGGUAAGGCAGACGCGCUCUACCCUGUCGAUGCCGAUCGCAAUGGAGUUCCUGACGUUCUGGAGGAGAUUCUUCCUGCUGUCGAAUCUGUCGAAGCUAGAGAGCGACUGUUGACAUGCUGCAGCCGAGGGUACCCUAAACAUCCCUUGAGACAUGAGAUUCGUAGUGUAUGUGCCUUGCGAUAG